AUGGAAAGUGUCGGCCUGGCAGUACCACCUGCAUCUGUUAAUCCUAAAGGUGUCGGCCUAGCACUACCAUUUGCAUCUGUUAAUCCUAUAGGUGUGGACCUGGCGUCACUACCUGCAUCUGUUAAUCCCAUAGGUGUCAGCCUGGCGUCACUACCUGCAUCUGUUAAUCCUAUAGGUGUUGGCCUGGCAGCAGCACCUGUAUCUGUUAAUCCUAUAGGUGUCGACCUGACAGCACCACCUGCAUCUGUUAAUCCUAUAGGUGUCGGCCUGGCAGCACCACCUACAUCUGUUAAUCCUAUAGGUGUCGACCUGGCAGCACCACCUGCUUCUGUUAACCCUAUAGGUGUCGACCUGGCAGCACCACCUGCAUCUGUUAAUCCUAAAGGCGUCGGCCUGCUAGCACCACCUGCAUCUGUUAAUCCUAUAGGUGUGGGCCUGGCAGCACCACCUGCAUCUGUUAAUCCUAUAGGUGUCGGCCUGGCGGCACCACCUGCAUCUGUUAAUGCUAAAGGUGUCGGCCUGGCAGCACCACCUGCAUCUGUUAAUCCUAAAGGUGUCGGCCUGGCAGCACCACCUGCAUCUGUUAAUCUUAAAGGUGUCGGCCUGGCAGCACCACCUGCAUCUGUUAAUCUUAAAGGUGUCGGCCUGGCAGCUCCACCUGCAUCAGUUAAUCCUAUAGGUGCACUAUCUUGUUCAGUAUACCCAUGCAAGAAUUAA